AUGCCACCGAGGAAGAAGACGGCAGCGACAACCCAGCCGCCUGCAAAGCGUCAAAAGAAAGAAGCGCGCGACGACGAUGACGACGACCCCAUCCUGGACAGCAAAGACCAUGCGGCAAUCGCACCACCGCCUCCCAUCCCGUCCGAGCCAACGACGCCCAUCCAGCACUCGUACACAUACGCAUCUCGCGUGCCUCCCGAAUGCAGCAAGAUCGACACGGCCAACCCCAGCGUCAAGGUGCCGUGUGCGCUGGGUGUGGACGAGGCCGGUCGCGGUCCUGUGCUCGGUCCGCUGGUGUACGGCAUUGCCUACUGUCCCGUGGCGUACCAGGACUCGCUCAAGCAGAUUGGAUUUGCCGACUCCAAGGCGCUCACCUCUGAGCGGCGCGACCAGCUUCUGUCAGCGCUCAUCGACCACGACGCUCAUCUCGGCUGGGCAGUGCGCGUCAUGUCGCCUCAGGACAUCUCGGCGGGCAUGCUCCGGCGGCGGCCCGUCAAUCUCAAUGCGCAAUCGAGCCAGGCGACAGUGUCGCUCAUCGCGGGCGUGCUCGAGCAGGGCGUCGACGUCACCGAGAUCUACGUGGACACGGUGGGCGAUCCCAAGAGCUACGCGCGGCUGUUGAGCUCGCACUUCCCGAGGCAUCCGCACAUCAAGUGGACCGUCACGAGCAAGGCCGAUGCCAUCUAUCCCAUCGUCGGCGCCGCGAGCAUCGCCGCCAAAGUCACGCGCGAUCGGUGCAUCGAACAUUGGAAGUACGCCGAACAGCCUGCUCCAGCGCAACACACUGUGCUUGGUGACACCACCAAUCGACCCGCACCACCCGUGGGUGAGCCGCAGAAGCGCAGGAUCGAGGCCGACGUGUGGGAUAGCAUGGGUGCGCUCGGAAGUGGAUAUCCCGGCGAUCCCAACACGGUUGCUUACUUGAAGCGCACGCUCGACCCCGUGUUUGGCUGGCCCGGUAUCGUGCGCUUCAGCUGGGCCACCGCCAAGACGAUGCUCGAAGAGAAAAUCAAGCCGCCCACAUCCAAGCCGCCCACUACAGACACUCCCGAACCAGUGCUGGGAGGAAAACGACUCACACGCUCUCUGUCUCGCACCUCUUCGAUCGCUGAUACCACCCCUGCGCUCCAACCCGAUGCCGAGGGGAAUGUCGCUGCAACACACGCGGUGAGCUUGUACGGUACACCGCUGCCACAGCCUGGAGUUCAGGGUGCGACGGUGCCACGCGCCUACAGGGUCAAGUGGAUCGACGAACCCGUGGCCAUCUCCAAGUUCUUUGGAGCCAAAAAGCCCGCGCCCAAACCUGGCUCUUCUGCCGAUGCAGCCACGGCUACUCUGCAGUGCGAGAUCAACGACUGGCUCAAAACCGAAUCCACCUGGCGUGCCAAGUCCGACACUGCUCCAACCCAGCUGCAAAUCAACACCAACAAGAUGCUCAAAGACCUUGGCAUUGCUACUGCCGACGCCACCUUCAGCCUGUUCUAA